AUGAGCCCUCAAUUGACACCGUCUGCUCAGACGGUGGCCUUGCAGGCGCUCUCUUUUCUUGCCAUCUUGAUCAGCCUGCCCCCUCUAGUCCUGCACUGGAAAAACAGAAACUUCCCAUGUAUUUCCCUGAUCUGCUGGUUUCUGGUACUCAAUAUCUUCAACAUUGUCAAUGCGUUCAUCUGGCCCACGGAUGAUAUCACCAACUGGUGGGAUGGCAAAGGCCUCUGUGAUGUCGAGGUGAAGAUCUUUCUCGGCUCGUAUGUUGGGGUCCCAGGGGCUCUAAUAUGCAUCUUCCGGAGCCUGGCUUUCGUGUUGGAUACCAGACGUGCCGCCCUAGUUCCGAGCAAGCACCAGCGAUGGCGAAACCGGGCGAUGGAGCUGUCCUUUUGUGUGGUGAUUCCCAUUAUCGCCAGCGUCACCCACAUCAUCUACCAAGGCAACCGCUACUUUAUCUACGCUGGCUCCGGCUGUAUCUACAGUCUGGAUCAGAGUUGGGUCAGUCUUGUUCUGGGUUACAUGUGGCCCCUAGUGGUCUGCUUCAUUGCAAGCUACUACUGCGGCCUCGUCAUCUAUCGCCUUCAUCACUACCGCAGUCAAUUCAAUGAGAUAAUCCGCGCCGCAAACUCGGGAAUCAACAAAUCCCGGUUCCUCCGCCUUUUUUGUCUCUCCCUCAUCAUGCUUCUUGCCCUCAUCCCCCUCCAGACAUACAUGGUCUACAAGGUCAUCCAGACAUCGCUGCCCUGGCACUCAUACUCCUGGUCCCUAAUCCAUCCUAUGAGGUCUCAAAUUGUAAAAGUCCCCACGUACGGGAAGAUAUACUUUGACCGCUGGGUCCCAGCGGCCUCAGGGUUCAUGUUCUUCAUCUUCUUCGGAUGCGGCAGGGACGCGCACCGCAUGUAUCUCUCAUUGCUUUCGCACGUUGGUCUUGACGGCUACUUCAACCCGAUACUUUCUACAAGCUCAAGCGGGAGCUUCCCACGGAAGACAUCCAAGUCUGGAAGCCAAGCACAGCUCCUGUCACUCGAAGCCCAAGACCAAAGAGCAAACAAUGACCUCUAUCGCACCCACACAGCUAGCACAGCCCUCACAACAGACAUCGAAAAGAACCGCACCGGCACCACAGCCACAUCCACACAAGGUCCCACCCGUCCCCCCAAAGCUCACUGGCUAAGACGGCAUCUCACCUGGACCAGCCGCCCCUUCACCUCUCCCCGCCGGCAAGCCAUCCGCUCCCGCUCAACGCCGAACCUCGCCGUGCCCACAAACACGGUCUGCACGAGCGCCUGGGCGGGUACCAGCCAGAGCCGGGAGAGCCUGGACGGAGACUCUGAGCUUGAGCUCGAUGUACACCCUAUGUCCGGACACCGCGGGACGGACUUUAUUCGUGUGAAGCAGGUCAUCCGGCAGGAGAGGGAGGUGCAGGUAUAA